ACCAAGGCCACCCACCAUGGUGAUAGGGUUUGGUGAAAGAAGAUACCAGUCAACCAGUUAACUCAAAUCGCAUAAAACAUAGAGCCAAAUUACAGACUCACCCCGCCUAUCCUAAUACAAUUUUUAAAAUGGGCAAACCCACGGCCCCAGCAGCAAGCAAGAGGAAGCGGUCCGAGGCCGUCGACGGUCCAAAGAAGCGCGCACGAUCCGAAAGCAGCGACGAAUCCGGAGAGGACCAACAGGCUCAGAUUCUGCUGCUGGAGGAGAGCAUAUUGGAGUCGAAGAAAAACUACAACAACAUCGUGACAUUGAUCUCGCUCGCCCAAAAGGAGGACGACGAAGAUGCGGUAGUUGCUGCGGUCUCUACCUGUCGCGUCUUCCUGAGGUUGCUUUCCCAAGGCGCCUUGCGGCGCAAAGGCUCCGAGAAGGACGCCGUGGUUGCGAACUGGCUCCGGGAGAGGCUGGGGGACUACAAGGAUGUGCUGCAGAGGCUGUUGCAACAGGAGGAUCUGGGGUCGACCGCCCUGACGCUUGCAAUGAGGUUGCUGAAGGCCGAGGCAUCUGCCACAAACAAGGACAGCGAGGAGUACACCUUCCCUCGGACAUUUCUGGCCCAGAUAGUGGCCGGCAUAAUCUCCCCGGGCCGUUCUGCUGAAGAACUGCGGAACGAAUUUCUUGAGAAAUAUGUAAACGAGAACGCCGACGUUCGCUUUUACACUUUCAGGGCAGUCUCGGAGUUCCUUGGGUCGCAAGCAACGCCACUCAGCACAGAAUGCUUUGAUGGCGCAUUCCAUCUACUAUCUCACAUUGAAGGGGCGUCACAGUCAAAUAAGGACCUGGACACCUUCUACCUCGACCCGCCAAAAAAGACGUCACAUGCGGUUCUUUCGGCUGCACAGCACAAGAAGCACGCCCAAGAAGCUUGGUCGAAGCUUCUUGGGACGGGACUUGACAAGGAGCAGAAGAAGCAGGUUCUGUCAAUAAUCUCUAGGGUGAUUGCGCCAUGGUACUCAAAACCUGAGAUGCUCAUGGACUUCCUCACCGACAGCUUCAACGAAGGUGGCUCGGUUUCCUUGCUGGCACUUUCUGGCGUUUUCUACCUCAUCCAAGAGCGGAAUCUCGACUACCCGGCAUUCUACCCCAAGCUCUACUCCCUUUUGAAUGCGGAUAUGAUGCACUCAAAGCACCGCUCACGCUUCUUCCGUCUCCUUGACACCUUCCUCAACUCCUCUCACCUUCCCGCACAGCUGGUCGCCAGCUUCAUCAAGAGACUGGCCAGGCUGUGUUUGAACGCUCCGCCGAGCGCCAUUGUAGCCGUUAUCCCCUGGUUCUACAACCUUUUCAAGAAGCACCCACUAUGCACCUUUAUGAUGCACCGUGAGCCGCGCACAGAAGAGGAGAGGAAAGCGUUGGAGGAAGGCGGGCUGGACGAUCCUUUCCUGCCAGACGAGAUGGACCCAAUGGAAACCGGUGCCAUUGACAGCUGCUUGUGGGAGAUUGUUCAGCUGCAAUCUCACUACCAUCCAAAUGUGGCAACAAUCGCCAAAAUCAUAUCAGAGCAGUUCACAAAGCAAUUCUACAACCUGGAGGACUUCCUUGAUCACUCGUACGGCAGUCUCCUGGAUGGUGAGAUUACAAAGGAGAUCAAGAAGGCUCCUGUGGUUGAGUUCCAAAUCCCCAAGAGGAUACUUUUGCCCCAGGAUCCAGACUCUGAGCAGCCCAAUAGCUUACUGGUGAAGCUUUGGGACUUUUCAUGAGUUUGCCAUGUACACAAUACUGGCCAGCUGUUGGUCCAGCAGCUGCAUCGGGGAGAGUCGGGAUCUACCGGCAUGCGGUGCACCUCUAGCUCAGUUUCACACAUAUUGUUUGGUGGCGCCCGUGUACGGGGAUCCUGAUUUGAUAGUCUGGACCUUGACCACCUGCAUAUAGCAUAUAGAGCUCUAUCCCUAGAGCAAUCGCUCUGCCCCUGCGUGGAACCGUUUGACGCCGCACCCCCCCCCCC